AUGGACGUUAGUUUCCCUGGCUAUAACCAUGUAUUUGGGAUUCCCGAGCACGCAGAUGCCCUUCUGCUGAAGGAAACUCGGUACGUCCUCUUUGAAAAUCUCGACAAAUACCAAAUCCCAUACGACGCAAUAUGGCUCGAUAUAGAGUAUACGGAUGGGCGAAAAUACUUUACGUGGGAUCCUCUCUCAUUUACCAACCCGGAAGGGAUGCAAGAGGCACUGAUGGAGCCAGAGCGAAAAUUGGUCGUUUUGAUUGACCCGCAUAUCAAAAAGGCAGAAGAUAGUUACUUUGUCUCUCGAGAACUUAGAACACAGGGCUUGGCUGUCUUGGAUAAGAAGGGCGAAAUCUACGAUGCUGAUUGUUGGCCCGGUCUUUCAAAUUGGAUCGAUACCUUUAAUCCUGCCACACAUCAUUGGUGGAGCUCUCUUCAUCAGUAUGAUCGAUUCCAGGGCUCUCUACCAAAUCUCUAUAUUGAGAAUGAUAUGAAUGAGCCUUCAGUGUUUGAUGGACCCGAAGCUACCAUGCCUAGGGAUAACCUCCACUUUGAUAAUUGGGAGCAUCGUGAUAUCCACAACGCUAACGGUCUUACAAUGGUGAAUGCGACGUUCCAGGCUAUGUUAGAUCGUGAGAAUAAUCGACGGCCAUUCAUCCUGACCCGGUCGUUUUACUCUGGAUCCCAGCGGAUGACUGCUAUGUGGACUGGCGACAACUAA